AUGUCAUUCUCCAUUUCACAGUUACCAGCAUUUAUUAAUUCAAUUCACUUUUUCUAUCACCCAUUCGAUCCACAAUUUACACUGUUUGUGUUGAACCUAAUACAACCUCUACAAGGUCUAUUCAAUGCAGUGGUAUAUGGUCUCAAUGAAGGAUUUGCAACAAGAUACUCUGAAUGUAUAGAUAAAUAUCUAUCAUGUAGAUGUAUUAAAAGUAGAAACUAUCGUGACGAAACUACAACACAACCACUCAUAGUCAACUACUCACUCCAAGAUGAAGAUGACGACUUUUCAGAUGAAUAUAAAACACAACCAGACAAAAAGGUAUCUUUAAAUGCUCCUCCAACCAUUGACAGUGAAUUUAAUCAUUUAAUAGGUCCAACUCAUCCUUCACUAACUAAUUAUUAUACCUAA